CAAAAGUUUCACGUUCUAUUCAUGCUGGAUCCUACAUAAAACCGAGCCUCCCACAGUCUAAAACCCACUCCGCCUGUUUUUAGAUUUCGCAAAAUCCUAUCCUGAGGUGUUAGGGCAGUCAUAACCUCGAACUCCUGCGCAUCUCAUAAUGGCGCCAAAAAUCCAAACCGAUCUCACCGAGCUCUUCGGCAUCGAGCAUCCGGUUCUCUUGGCUGGAAUGAACGUUGCUGCUGGUCCUAAGCUUGCCGCUGCCGUUACAAAUGCUGGUGGUCUCGGUGUUAUUGGUGGCCUUGGGUACUCACCAGAAAUGCUGAGGGAACAAAUUGCCGAUCUCAAGAGUUACUUGAACGACAAGAAUGCUCCUUUUGGUGUCGACCUUUUGAUCCCACAAGUUGGUGGUGGUGCUAGAGCUACCAACUAUGAUUAUACCAAGGGUAAAUUGGAUGAACUUAUCGAUAUCAUUAUCGAGAGCAAGGCAAAGCUUUUUGUCAGUGCUGUCGGUGUCCCACCAAAGGCUGUUGUUGAGAAGCUCCACAAGGCUGGUAUUGCAUAUAUGAACAUGAUUGGACACCCUAAGCACAUCCAAAAGGCUCUUGACGCCGGUGUCGAUAUCAUCUGUGCACAAGGUGGUGAGGGAGGAGGCCACACUGGCGUUGUUCCUACAUCUAUUCUCAUACCCACUGUCGUCGACAUGGUUAAGGGCAAGAAGUCACCCCUUAAUGGUCUACCCGUUACUGUGGUAGCUUCUGGUGGUAUCUACAACGGAAAAUCGCUUGCGGCAUCUUUGAUGAUGGGUGCCAGCGCUGUGUGGGUUGGAACACGAUUCAUUCUUGCUGAGGAGGCUAGUGCGCCCAAGGCCCACCAGGAGGCCGUAAGAACCGCCGGCUUUGAUGACACUGUUAGAACCAUAAUCUUCACUGGUCGCCCUCUUCGUGUCCGCAAGAACCCGUAUAUUGCCAACUGGGAGGAGAACCGCAAGUCAGAGAUCAAGGAACUCACAAGUAAGGGAAUCAUCCCUGCCGAGCACGAUAUCGAACAACUCGAUAAGAUGGGCAAUCUUGACGACGACACCAUGGAUAACGCUAGACCAUUCUUGAUGGGUAAGGUUGCCGCCGUCGUCAACGACAAGAAGCCUGCCAAGCAAAUUGUCGACGAGAUUGUUGAUGAGGCUGUUGAAAUGUUACAGAAUGCCCAGAAGAUGCUUGCCAAGUUGUGAGAUGUUUCUGGAGUCUUGUGGGGUUAUGUCUGUUAACGGGAUUUUUGAUUCUUCCCUUUUUUUUCUCUAUUCCAGCGUGUAUCGUACCUUUUUACUGGCUACCCACUUAAAUACGAUCUCCGGGGGCGUCUGAAACCGCUGUGGCCAAAAUGUAAA